AUGUCGAGAGUCUCUACUCUCGCAGGUGUGGAAUCAAUAUCCGUGGAUAUGAAGGACAAGAAAUUGACGGUGGUAGGAGAGAUUGAUGCAGCAAAAUUAGUGAACAAAUUGAGAAAGUUAUGUCACGCAGAUAUAAUUACAGUAGGACCAUUUAAAAAGCCUGAACCUAAAAAAGAAGAGCCCAAGAAAGAAGAACCUAAGAAAGAAGAGCCUAAGAAGCAAGAAGAAGAGAAGAAGAAAGAACAUGAUCCUGUGGCUGAGUUGGUUAAGGCUUACAACGCCUAUAAUCCUCACUUGACAACAUAUUACCAUGUUAGAAGUAUUGAGGAGGAUCCUAAUGCUUGUGUCAUUUCUUAA